ACGUAACAAGCCACGCGUGGCGCCGGCCGGUGUUUCCGCAAACAGAAUUGUGGAUGACUGUGUUGUGUUGGUUCAUGAACUGUUGGUUCAAGUAAUCGGAAAUGGAAAGUUCUGCAAAAGUAUCUAAAUAUGAUACAAUACCUCCUGAACAAGUGAGAGUGUCCAUAGAUUCUGAAAAAGAACCUCCAUUCUGUGUUCAUGAAACCACAGCUGCAUCUGGGCCCAGGCUUUCUGAAGAGACUCCUACAGGUGACAAACCAAAAAAGAGAAAAGAGUUUGACAAUGAUCUUGGAGAGGAAGAUACUCCAUCCAAGAAAAGAAAAUUUGACGUUGAAAUUGUCUCAGAGGAAAAGCGUUCUGCUGAUAAUGAAGGCAUUUCAAAGAAAAGAAAACUGGAAACUGAUGAUGUUUCAAAAGAUGAACCUUCCACUGGAAGUGCUAUUCAGAAAAAGAGAAAACGAGGACUUGAGGAUGUUCCUGAGAAGCAGAAAACCCUGGAAGAAGGACAUAGCUCAGCUGUGGCUGCCCACUAUAACGAGCUUCAGGAAGUUGGCUUGGAGAAGCGCAGUCAAAGUCGCAUUUUUUACCUAAGAAACUUUAAUAAUUGGAUUAAAAGUAUUCUUAUUGGGGAAUUUUUAGAAAAAAUACGACAGAGGAAAAACCGUGACAUCACUGUUUUAGAUCUGGGAUGUGGAAAAGGUGGAGAUUUGCUCAAGUGGAGAAAGGGAAGAAUUAGCAGGCUAGUCUGUGCUGAUAUUGCUGAUGUUUCUAUGAAACAGUGUCAGCAGCGUUAUGAAGACAUGAGAUGUCGUCGUGAUCAUGAAUAUCUUUUUAAUGCAGAAUUUAUAACUGCUGACUGUUCAAAGGAACUUUUGGCUGAAAAAUUCCAUGAUCCUGAAAUGCGCUUUGACAUGUGCAGCUGUCAAUUUGCUUGUCAUUACUCCUUCGAGUCCUUGGAGCAGGCUGACAUGAUGCUCAGAAAUGCUUGUGGAAGGCUCAACCCUGGAGGCUAUUUUAUUGGGACCACACCCAAUAGCUUUGAACUGAUAAGACGACUUGAAGCUUCAGAAACAGAAUCAUUUGGAAAUGAAAUAUAUACUGUGAAAUUUCAGAAGAAAGGAAAUUAUCCUUUAUUUGGCUGCAAAUAUGACUUCAACUUGGAAGGUGUUGUGGAUGUCCCUGAAUUCUUGGUCUAUUUUCCAUUGCUAACUGAAAUGGCAAAGAGGUACAAUAUGAAAUUAAUCUACAAAAAAACAUUUCUGGAAUUCUAUGAAGAAAAGAUUAAGAACAAUGAAAACAAAAUGCUGUUAAAACGAAUGCAGGCCCUGGAGCCGUACCCUGCAAGUGAUAACUCUAAACUUGCUUCUGAGAAGGUUGGUGACUAUGCACAUGCAGCAGAGUACAUGAAGAGCAGUCAAGUAAGGUUGCCUCUGGGAACUUUAAGUAAAUCAGAAUGGGAAGCUACAAGUAUUUAUUUGGUUUUUGCCUUUGAGAAGCAGCAGUGAGCACCUAGUUCCCUCAGAGCAGCACUCCAUCCUACAGACUGAACAGUCCGUCGCAGAUAGAUUUAACAGCAGUUUGUUUAUUUUAAUAGGAAGUUCUAAGUGUAUAGAAUGCUGCCAGAAACUCCAGUGUAUAAAUUCAGCAUUUACUGUCUGUGACAGAUUAACUUUGUGUGUAUAUAUGAGAACAAGUCAGGCUUUGUCUUUAAAAAUCCAUUUUAAGAAGUGAUCUAAGAAUUCUGUUUCCCUCUACUGCUGUAAAAGCUAUAACAGGGCUUGUCAGAGUGGUGGACCUCCCCACAGUGCUGUGAUUUGUUGAGUGUGUUUACAGAGCUGAACUUUCUGCAGCUGUAGAAUUGACAAAAGAGCAUACUGAUUGGCCUGUGUGCACUCGUUUUCACAGUUUUGUUACAUAGUGUUUUUCAAGAUUAAAUGGACUGUGUUCUGUACAUUUGGAUGUAAGUUCAAUAUAUAUUGCUAAAGUUUUCAGAUUUAAAAUUUGAUUUCAGAUUGUCAUUACAAAUUACCUGGCUAGAAUUUUACUGCAUUUCAAUAAAAUAACUAUUUGCUAAUAUACUGCAAUUCUGAGACUCUUUAGGUACAUUUUAGGUAGCAGCAUGGAAUUACUUUGGAGUGGUUUGGCUUUCUCCCAAGAACUUACCAUAGGAAUUCAUAUAUCUAGCUAUUGAGAUUGUAAUCAGAUGUAUUUAACUUUCUUCAUUGAAGAGUGAUGCCGUAGUUCAUUAGAUCCAGUGAAAAUCUGUCAUAAUCCUGUUAAAUGAUUCCUUUAUAUGUAUACACACAAGUGCUACAAGAGUAGCACAGUAAAGGAAGCAGACUUCAGAUUAUUCCUCAUUGAUGGUAGAACUUGAUUACUGAUGCUGUGUACCCUUUCCCACCCCAAACAACAAGCAGUGUUCCUCUGUUACAGCAUAGGUACUUCACAUAGCAGACCUACUGUCUAGUCACCAUUCCUCCUUGUUGAGGUGUUGGUGAUAUAGCAGUUAGCAAAGCUGCUUUCCAAAAAUGUACGAUGGUUCAGAACCAUUCUUAUUUUUUUUUAUAUAUUUUGUUUUUAUUUCUAUGUGUAUGAGUGUAUUGCCUAUAUGUAUGUAUGUGCAUCCAUGUUGUGCAAUGCCCACAGAGUCAGAAGAGGGAGUCAAAUCUCCUGGAACUAGAGUUUUAGACUGUUGUUAGCCCCCAUGUGGGUGCUGGGAAUGGAUUCUAGGUCCUCUGCAAGAACAGGGUGCUCUUAACCUCUAAGCCGUCUCCCCAACCCCCUCCCUCAAGAAACCAUUAUUAUUGCCAUUUAUAUAAUAGAUUCCUAGAACUGAUUCCUAUGUGAACUGUUGUAUUACAUUUAGGAAACUUGCCAAGUUGAGGAUGUACUGAGAAACUAAGAGCAAAUACAAUUUUGUAUAUUUAUAAAAUCAUUAUUUAAAGGACAAUUUACAGAAGUUACUUUCUAUAAAAACCUGGAGUAUUUGCUUUAAACGGUCUCAGUUAGCUUGUAUAUAUAUUCAGUGUUCAUGGUAUUAGAAUAGCAAAUGUUUUAGCAAGAAAGCAUGAAUUCCUUCUGUAGUCUGUCAAUUUUAGAAAAAUUAAGUCUUUGUUUUAGUGAUGCUUUACCCUAAGUCACUUGGGAAAUUAACAGUGGUACAUCUGACUUGUGGCUGCCAUUGGCUGGGAAAGCUUUGGUUGAGGGUACUGGUUCAGGGGCAGGAGACUGGGAGGAAAGCUCUUGCUAUUAGAAGUACUGGCUCAUUUUACUUCCCAGGAAAUAUCCCUGAGUACUUUGAUAGCUUGGCAAGUAGAGAAAGUUUUGUCAUAACUCAUGAUCUUAGUUACAUGUGUUUUUAGCCCCUGCCUUUCCAUUCCAUUCCAUUGGUAAUUUUCAGAAUAGAAGAAUCUUCCAAAGAAUGAAGUAAUACAAAGGGUGAUGAUACAAGCUGCAAAAAAACAAAAGUGGAGUUCUGAAGGCCUUCACUGAGGGACCAGAGAGAGCUGGACUGCGUCUGAGAAGGGCUUUGGGUGUUGCACCCACUGCUGUAGGAGAGCUCCCGUGAGACCACCUUAUUGGAAAUAGUUCAAGCAGCUGCCCCUUUCCUUUAUGUUAUUUGCCUCUAUCUGUUUUUCCUCCACUCUCACACCUCUCCUUGCUGAAUAAGUGACUCAAGGUGAAUUCUUGGGGACAAGAAUGGGGAGGCAACCUUGUUCCACUGUUGCCAUUGCCAAACACUUUUUCCUGCACGCUUGGAGCCUAAAUGUUUAGUUUUGUCAGGACUUUUGGCACUUAAUAAGAGAGGCUUAGCUUCUCAUUGCAGGAUCCAGGAAGAGCUCGGGCUUGGUCCUGAGGGUAGUUUCUCAGGAGCUGUUCAAGGCACACCCAGACCUGCCACACAGUGCGUCCUCCAAGGUUGAGUUUCAAAAUGGAGACCAGUGCUGGAGAGAUGGCUCCACAGUCAAGAGUGCUUGCUACUCUUUCAAAGGCUUGAAGUUCUAUUCCCAGGACCCACAUUGGCAGCUCACAACUGCCUAGAACUCCAACUCCAAAGACUGAUGCCCUUUUCUGGUCUCUUCGAGCACCUACACACAUCACACACAGGUCACACACACACACCUUUAGAAAUAAAAAUGAAUUCGGCCACUGGUGGGAAUGACACAACUUGAACUGGAGGUAUUUGGUGUGGGCACAUGGCUGCUCUGCGCUAUGAUCUAAAAUGCUAACAUAAUUGUUUAAGCCUAGAAUUUACUUGGGGGAAAAGCUCCAGUGGCCACAGAGAGAAUCUGAGGCAUUUAGCAGUUGGUCUCUACACAUACUAACCUAUACAGCAAGCCUGCUAGAGUUGACUCAGGCACCAGUGGGCUAGGCCUUCCAUGCCCCUGAGCACUUUAGAGACUGCUUCUAGUAUAACUGCUGAGGACUUCUGCCAUCUCUGAGAGAAGGCACUGACUGAGUCUCUUGAAACUAGUGGACCUGUGUGCUGACUGAAAGGCAGAGAAUACAGAUUUGCUUACAACCAAAGCAGCAUUUUAACACUCCUACUCCAUGGCGUCUACACUCCAGUUGCAUGGUGCAUAUUUCAGGUAUCAGCAGGUGAGCCCUGCAGCUUAGGGUAUUAGCUAUUGGGACAUUUUCACUAGGGUACAUUAAACUAGGUCCUGGUCCUGCAUAACCAGACUUGUAGAGUCUAUACACUAAGGGGGUGGUAUGCCCCAACAGUAUUGUGUAGAUGUACAAGAGAGUGGCCAGGAGAAGUAAGGAAGGAGAUGCUGCUUUAUUGUGGUUUAAGUAGGCAGGCCUAAUUAGGUGGUACUGUAUUGAAGUGUCAUAUAUAUACAAGCAUAGCAGAGAUUUCUCAACGGGUAGAACAUCAAUAUGAAUUCAUAUCCUGACAACUGUCCCAGAUACAACCACAUCUAAGAUCUAAGUGCAAAAGCUGCUUUUAUCUGGUUUGGGAUGUUAUAUGAAUGGAAUUCGACGUACCUUUGUUUGGCUUUCACUCAGCAGUGUUUAUGAGACUUUUAGUCUCAGUGCUUGUACUUCAUUCAUUCUCACAAUUGUGGAGUAUUCCAUUGUGUGAAUAAACAAUAUAGUGUUUAUCUAA